AUGGUGGACGGGAAGGCGGGAGAGGAGAAGCCUGAGAAGCUGCAGCAGACGGGAGCCGCAGGAGGAUCUGAAGAAGAAGCAGAAAAACCCGUGGAAACUAAGACUGUUUCUUCCAGUAAUGGAGGGGAAAAUUCCAGUUGCAGCGCUGAAAAGCGAUCAGCUGAAGAAGCUGCAGACCUCCCAACAAAGCCUCCAAAGAUCUCCAAGUUUGGAUUUGCCAUAGGUAGUCAGACAACAAAGAAAGCCUCAGCCAGAUCCAUCAAACUUGUCUCAAGUAAGCCUAAAGAAACCGUUCCAACUCUUGCUCCAAAAACCCUUUCAGUAGUAGCAGCUUUUAAUGAAGAUGAGGAUAGUGAACCAGAGUAAAUGCCUCCAGAAGCAAAGAUGAGGAUGAAGACUAUUGGAAGGGAUACACCAACAUCAGCAGGACCAAAUUCCUUCAAUAAAGGAAAACAUGGGUUUUCUGAUAACCAGAAGCUAUGGGAGUGAAAUAUAAAAUCUCAUCUUGGAAAUGUUCAUGACCAAGACAAU